UGUAUUACGCUUAAUACCUAUAGUCUAUAGCAGUUUCUUCUCAUUCUUAGAUGGAUGAAACGACCGCGGUUACCGAAACCCUAACAACUUUGUCACUUGACGCAUCGCCAUUACCAGCUCUUCCAUUUGAAAUUGUAGUAGAAAUUCUAUGUCGUUUGCCGGUGAAGCUUCUCCUUCAACUUCGAUGUCUAUGUAAGUCCUUAAAUACCCUAAUUUCUGAUCCCAAAUUCAUAAGAAAACAUCUUCGCUUGUCAACUCCCUGCCACCGCCUCCUUUUGUUCUGCAGUAGCGUGUCCGAUGUACUUUCUUACCCACUUCACUCCAGCUUCAGCAUUGUCACCGAUUACGCCACUCGGCACGAGUAUCCUUUCACUUUCAAAGAACCAUUCUACUGUAUCUUUGGCUCUUGUGACGGAAUGUUUUGUCUGGAGGUCAACCGCUCUGUUAUUUUGUGGAACCCUUCCAUUCAAAAAUCCAAAACAUUACCUUCUAUAGGUGGUUUUCCUCCAGUUACCGCAUAUGGUAUUGGGUUUGAUACUUUAAUUGAUAAUUAUAAGGUGGUUUGUGUUGUUGACGAAGGAAUUCUUGAAGAUGCUAAAAUAAAGGUUCAUACGUUGGGUACUAAUUCUUGGAGAAUGAUUCCAGGUGACUUUCCUGUCCCGACCAGGAGAUCGCUCAAAUUAGCUAGUGGCACACUCAACUGGUUUUCGUUUGAUGAUUAUAGGAUUGUUUCUUUUGAUUUGGUGAAUGAGUCAUGCCGAAAACUUUUGCCUCCCACGUACUAUGGGGAAGUUGUGUAUAGUGUGAUCUUGGAUGUUUUGCGAGAUUGUUUGUGUAUCUUUGCUCAUAGUUACACAUCUUCUACUGUUUGGAUGAUGAAGGAAUAUGGAAAUGAAGAGUCUUGGACUCAGUUGUUCCGUGUUCCUCGCAGGGAAGAAUCUUUCUAUGAUAUACAUACAAGGCCAAUAUGGAUUUCCAAGGAUGACCUAGUGCUGAUGAAGAAGAAAAUGAAUUUGGCCAUUUGUGAUUUCAAAAACGGUGCUUUUAAGAUUCAAAUGAUUCAAAACAUCGAUGAUUGGCUUUCCCCUGAAGUCUACAUUGAGAGUUUGGUAUCACCUUGUUUCUAAUGCGAAUAUAUCAAUGUGGUAGGAAUUGGAUGGAGCUACAUAGAGCCAAAAAAGAAUGGAAACUAACCAAUGUCAACAGAACCAAGAGCCUUUGGAAAUGGAAGGAAACAGAGCUCCGAUUUAAGGUUUUAUGAUUUACGACACUGCUGCUAAUUCAGCGCCUCUUACAGCCUGUAGGAGGAUGUACUCUGAAGUUGAUACAGUUACAACUGAAACGUUGGUUGUGAGAUGCAGUUCCUACUAUAUAUCUAGUAUAGAACAUAUUCAAGAUUGUACAUUUUGAUUGGAUCAAUUUGAUAGUUAUUAACCCAUUUUGUUUUCUAUACUGCUUGGAACAUGUAUGGGUUUUCAUGUCGAAUGAAUGUGUUUACUUCAAAUAAAUAGAUAGAU